GCCACACACUGGUCCCCGUUGGUUUAGCGUGCGUCACUGGAAAAUUUGGACUUUUAAUCGUUACUCAUAUAGUCAAUGAUCGGUCCAAUAUUUUUAGUUCUUUAAAGCAAUCCGGGGGUAUUUAAAAGCGAAGAAGUGGAACAAUUUUCAGACUACAACAGAAGAAUGCCACCUAAACCCGCAGGAAAAACGGUCAAAACAACCGCCAGUAAAGGUGGUACUGCGGCCAAACCAGCUAAAGCGGCGGCUCCUAAAAGUACCACCAAAACACCGGCCAAACCUGCCGCCACCGCAAAACCAGCUGAAGCAGCCCCCGCCAAACCCCCAGAACACAAAAUCACUGUCAAGGAGCUGGCCGCGUUUGUGCUCCAAGACGCGGACAACAUCGUGAAAAAUUCCAAAUGGUUUCCAAUGAUGAUCGAUCCGAGCGAGAUAUCCGGGAGAUUCCUACAGUACCGGGAGUGUACAUUCAUCAACGGUCUAGACCACGAAUUCAUCAACUCUCCUGACAGGAUUCGAAUAGCGACUCUCGCUGCUCUCAGGCAUGGAAAGAAGUUGGUCAUUGACAUGAUGGGAGUUGACCUUUAUGAACCGAUCUACAGCGUGAUGGAGAAGAUUGAACCGGGCCUCCUUAAGAUGAUUCUGGACAAAAGCAUUAUGGAGGACGAUAACAUCAAGAAACUAAUGCGCCCAACAGAUGACGACUUAUACAGUAAUAUCCUGCAGUUCGGGAUGAAGGACGACUUUGGUUUUGUAAUCAUUACAAAGAAUGAAGAUACCAACGGGUUUACGGACAAAAUGAUGACCGUACGUGUAGAAUCGUAACCAUGGAGAACUGUUACCAUGGUGAUGAAUACCACUAACUCUAGUCUCUUUAUAUCAUUGGUUUCAAUGCAAUAUAUUGUGAACUGGUUCUCGUGUUUAUUCUGUUGGUUGUAUGCAUAUUGUUAUUUGUUCCAUGCGAUUUUUCAGGGCGAAUUUGUAUACCAUAUGUAUUAUUAAUCCUAAUAAAUUUUUAUGAACGGUUUAUAAAUAUAAUA